CCCACCCCCGCCCCCGGAUUCGGCCGUCGCGUCGCCCCCAGACCUGGUUCCGGCCGGUGUGUAGCGCCGCCCCCACCCUCGAUUCCAACCGGUGCGCCGCCCCUCCGUAACCACCCGCGACCUUCUCCCAUCGUUGCGGCCACCCAUCGUCUUCCCCCGUUGUCGCGGCCACAAGCCACCACCGACGGACACGACCGGGAGUUCGCCGCUGCGGACCACAAUCAUCUACUCGCACUGGGUCGCUGGAUCCGGCGAGAUCCGUGGCCGCCGCUGGCUUGGUCAGCCACUGCAGGAUCUCCCAACUGCUCCUCCCGGUGACGUCUCCCUCAACAUGCGCCUCCUCGCUGCUCCAACCCAGCCACGAGCACCAGAUCUUCAGUGCGUCAUGGCCUGCACGUGUGGGCAUGGGCACGUCGCGUGUUCAGGUGCCCCUUUCUUCCCCUCAAGUCCGUCACCUCCCGUCCAGCUGGAUGGAUCCACACGUCUCCGAUGAGCUCCUCUGGACUUGUGCCCAGGCUCCUUCUAAACUCCUCGCGUCUCCUUCGUCUUCAACCAACAGCAGCGACCCCGUUUUAGUUCCUCUUCGAAACAGCAACAACCGCGCUAGAAGUUCAGAAUUGCAGAUGGCAAAGUCCAACUUCGGUUGUGGAUGCAUCCUCUCUUGUGGUAGAAGGGCAGGUCUGUAGACCUUGUACAAGAAAAGCGACUAAAUAUAGUAUUACACGGUGCCGCCACCCUGGACCAUCUGCUCCCGCGCGUGAGCAACCAAUGCGCUGAUGCCUAGCAGUGUACAAAUCUUCUGAUUUCUUGCAGCAGUUCAAUGUAUAUUAGAGUGGAAAGAAGAGAAAAGAAGAGUAUGUUGCAGAUGUGGUGCUUGUGAUUGUUGUAGGCUUGCAACAGUUUAGAUUGUGGGGUCAAUGAAAAAAUUGUCCCUAGUUUACAUGAAUCUUGCAGAAAUUAAAGUGGUGUAUGAUGAUUUGGGAGGUGCCAGAGAUAUCUUGGCUACUUCUCCACUGCGGGGAGAGAUGCUUGCCUGGGGCAAAAAAUGGCACCCGCAGCCAAACUCGACAUGGUAAUGCCGGUGGCUCCAGUGGAAGGAUGGUUAAGGGUCGGCGUGUUGCCAAGUAGGUGGAUCAUCUCCGUAAUGCUGAUGAAUUUGAUACCAAGUUCAACCUCUAUCUUGCUCUAACUCCGCUUGAUGGGCAAAGCAUGCCUAAACUGGAAAAGUCCUAUCUCAGCUGCCAGCCAACAUUCUCUGUUAGCCAUCUAUGCCAGUUUGUUGCUCUUCAGCUUUCACGUCAAGCCGCAGAGGUGGAGAUAUACUUCAGGAAGAACUCCAUAAACGGGUCGCUUAAAACCGAAGACACCAGCGCAGACAACGAGGCAAAAAUGGAGCGGCUCGACGGCCUGGAAAGACUCAAGGAAGAGAGUUCGCUUUUCGAGCUUUACCCUAUGCUCGCCUCUGGUGUUGGAGACCUGGAGCUAUUGUACUCUGUGAAAGCGCAAGGCUAGCUACGCACAGUUCCUGGCACCAGCCAGCUAGCUCUCUUGGCCGUCAAAUUGAUGGAUGGAUGGAUCGCCGCUAAUCCCAUGACCUGCAGGAAGGAUCUACUCGCCGUGAAAAAAUGUACAUAUAUCAUCAUUCGAUAUGGAAAAGAGGGGCGGCAAAGUAGAAGUAUUUAUCAUCCGUGUCUUAAUGUUUGUUUGAGUAUAUGUGUUUUAUCUUGUGGAGUGGUUCGUUGGUUGGUUAAAACGUAAAAUUGACUAGUAGUCGAAUUGAGUAGCAGUGUGUAAAACAGGUCAGACAAAAUUACCUGGCUGGUUCAUUCCUUCUUCUAUACUGUAUAAUUAUUAUAAAAUGUAUUGGCUGGCGCUGCACAUGCAGCGGUAAUUCUUCU